AUGGCCUUCUUUAAGGCCAUUUGGAAGCCCAGCUCGAAACACGAGAAAUUAUCCGAGGAACUGGCUCUUCAAAACUCCAAAAUGGAAACGGAACCAAAUGAAAAUUUCAGUUGUGAAAAUGAUGUGGUAACUUUCAAAUUGAAGUACCUUGGUAGCACAGUUGUUGAAAAGAAGGCAGAGAACAGUAUCACCACAGAAGCUGUCAAAAAUAUUUUAAAAACGACAAAAGCAGCUAAAGGAAGGAAGAAGCUACAAAGGGUUAACGUAAUGAUUUCCCUUCAAGGAAUUGAAGUCACAGAUAUGCAAGGAAAUUAUGUUUUAAAAAUAUCCAUUUAUAGAAUAUCCAAUUGUUCGACUGACCCCACCCACCGGCAGAUAUUCUCCUUCAGUUCGACCGAUGAAAACGACAUCACUGAGUGCCAUGCUUUCCUAUGCUCGAGGAGAAAAACAGCUGAAACCGUCACUCUCGCAGUAGGCCAUGCUUUCAACGCCGUCUACGAGGUUUGCAGACUAGGCUCUGAAUCGCCCCAAGUCGAUUUUCAGAAGUUGGAGAUAGUCGAGAAUGAGGAUAGAAUGAAUAUAAAUCUUCAUCCUCGCGAAGAUGUGAUAAUUUCGAGAGACGAUGAAGAUGUGGAUGAGAGGUUGAUUAGUUUUGAUGAUGAUGAACCAGUCUUAGCCGCCGAGGAAGAUUUAUUUUCCUUUGAUACACCACUUCUUAGGAAUAAUGUUCAAACACACUGGGUUUGUUUUGAUGAUGACUUCAUUAGUGGAACUCCAUCUAAAACUGCUCAAACUUCCGAAAUGGUUAUGGUCUAA